UCUCGAUUGAUGAAUGAGCUGCAGAUCAAGGUAGCUCAGGCCGUCCACGGUGCUAACCCAACAGACGCCCGAGAGUCCAGCAACCGCGUCGCUGCACGCAAAUGGCUCGUCCAGUUCCAGGCACCCGACGCGACGUGGAGGGUCGGCGCCUCCCUCCUCCCUAGCGCGAGCGACCGGCCGCGACUCUCCCGCCGCUUCCUCUCGCCCGCCGACUUCGAGGUCGAGUUCUUCGCCGCGCAGAUCCUCAGGCGCAAGAUUCAGAGCGAGGGCUACUACCUGCAGCUGGGAGUGAAGGACGCGCUGCUUAAUGCCCUGCUUGUUGCUGCCAAAAGAUUCAGCUUGGGCCCGCCUCAGCUAUUAACUCAGAUAUGCCUUGCUUUGUCGGCACUUCUUCUCCGGGUGGCUGAGCAUAAAAAGCCCAUUGAGCAGCUAUUCUCUAGUCUCAACAAACUGCAGAGCCAGGAGGACGGGAAUAUUGCUGUGCUGGAGAUGCUCACGGUCCUGCCUGAAGAGAUUGUUGAAGAUCAGAACGGUGACCGGAAUAUUAACGCAGCAAGCAGAUGCCAGUUCACUCGAGAGCUUCUAUCUCACACUCCCACUGUUCUUGAGUUCCUUUUACUCCAAUCAGAACAGAGGCUUGAUAAUGAUGCCAAACUUCAUGAGAGGAAUCGGAAGAUUUUGCGAUGCUUGCUGAGUUGGGUUCGUGCUGGAUGCUUUUCAGAGGUCCCACCAUCUUCCCUGCCAAAUCAUCCGCUUCUGAACUUUGUUUUCAAUUCUUUGCAGGUUUCAUCUUCAUUUGAUGUGGCUGUUGAAGUUCUUAUCGAGCUUGUUAGCCGUUAUGAGGGUUUACCACAGGUUUUGCUGUUUAGAAUACAGUAUCUCAGAGAUAGACUUCUCCAACCAGCAUUGGCUAAUAGAGACGAGAAAAUAAUUGCUGGUCUUGCAUGUUUGAUGUCUGAAAUUGGUCAGGCAGCACCGUCAUUGAUUGCAGAAGCAAGCAGUGAAGCUCUUGUCCUUGCAGAUGCACUAUUAAGUUGUGUUGUUUUUCCAAGUGACGACUGGGAAAUUCCAGAUUCAACAUUGCAAUUUUGGUGUAGCCUUGCAAGUUAUCUUCUUGGUUCGGUUUCAGCCAAGGCAAAUUGCCGUAGAGGAUUGCAAGAAAUGUUUUCCCCUGUAUUUUCAGCAUUAUUAGAUGUCAUUUUAUUGCGUACUAAGUUUGAUCCUGAAGUUGAUGGUGGCACUGGAAUGUUGGAUAUACCUGACGGGCUCAUUCAAUUUAGGAUGAAUUUGGAAGAACUUCUAGUAGAUAUUUGUCAGCUUAUAGGGCCAGCUUCAUUUGUGCAAAAGAUUUUCGGUGGUGGAUGGGCAACUACGGAUACAUUAAUUCAUUGGGAAGAUGUGGAAUCAAGAAUGUUUGCUCUCAAUAUGGUUGCAGAAACUAUUCUGCAAGAGGGACAGCCGUUUGACUUUUCAUUGAUCAUGCGGUUGGUGACCAUUUUAUCUAGUAGACCAUCUGAAGAGCUCAAGGGUUUCUUAUCCUUUGUAUAUAAAUCUGUAGCUGAUGUAGUUGGUUCUUAUUCCAAGUGGAUCUCGUCAUUGCAAAAUAACAUUAGGCCAUUACUUCUAUUCUGUGCAUCUGGGAUUGAAGUCUCAGUGUCCUCAAAUGCUUGCUCGUCAACCUUGCGUAAACUUUGUGAAGAUGCUUCCACGCUGAUUCAUGAUCCACAAAAUCUUGAAAUUCUGAUUUGGAUUGGAGAGGAUUUGGAGAAGAGGAGUUUGUCAUUGGAAGAAGAGGAAGAGGUUGUUAGUGCUAUAACUCUUACCAUUAGUUCUGUGCCCAACAAAGAGCUAAAAAAAAGUUCAUUAGCAAGGCUGCUGUCCUCUAGCUAUGGAGCCAUUGGAAAACUUAUAGAUGCAGACAGUGAGCACUCUUUGAAGAAAAAUCCUGCUGCCUAUACCCAGGCCUUGGGCUCAGCUGUAAGGGGUUUAUACAGGAUGGGAGCCGUGUUUAGUCAUCUAGCACCUGCGACAACUGAUCAGAUUGAGGAUGACACGAUUCUGGUUCUCCUGGGAGUGUUUUGGCCACUUUUGGAGAAACUUUUCAGUUCAGCACAUAUGGAAAAUGGUAGUUUAUCUGCAGCUGCAUGCCGAUCUCUUUCUCAAGCUGUCCAUUCUUCAGGCCAACAGUUUUUGAUGCUGUUGCCAAAAGCACUGGACUGUUUGUCUGCAAACUUUUUGCUAUAUCAGAACCAUGAAUGCUAUGUAAGAACAGCUGCUGUGAUGCUUGAAGAAUUUGGCCACAGAGAAGAGUAUGGACCUUUAUGCAUUAGUGUAUUUGAGAGAUUUUCCUCUGCAGCAUCAGUGACAGCUCUUAAUUCUUCUUACAUUUGUGAUCAAGAACCUGAUCUGGUGGAAGCAUACACUAAUUUUACAUCUGCAUUUGUUCGCUUCUGCCCUAAGAAGGUUAUUGCUGCAUCUGGUUCACUGCUUGAGUUAUCCUUUCAAAAGGCAGCUAUAUGCUGCACUGCCAUGCAUCGGGGAGCAGCAUUGGCAGCUAUGUCAUAUCUUUCAUGUUUCUUAGAUGUUAGCCUCACCUCCUUAUUGGAAUCUUCGGCUUUUGUACAUGAAGGAUCAUUAAGUUCAGUGGCAAUUCAAAUUUUAUCUCAUAGCGGGGAAGGACUUGUAUCCAAUGUGGUAUAUGCUCUAGUUGGUGUCUCUGCAAUGUCAAGGGUCCAUAAAACUGCAACAAUCUUACAGCAGUUAGCGGCAAUUUGCAGUCUUUCUGAGAGAACCGCCUGGAAGGCAGUUCUUUGUUGGGAUUCUUUUCAUGGAUGGUUACAAUCAACGGUCCGAACUUUGCCUUCAGAGUAUCUAAAGCAAGGAGAAGCAGAAACUAUAGUUCCUACAUGGAUUAAGGCUCUUGCCCAUGCAGGAACAGAUUAUCUCGAGAGCAAGACCAGUGAUUUCAGUAGAAGUGAUCAUGGUCAUAUGCAAGGGAAAGGGGGAAGAAUUUUGAAGCGCAUUAUAAGAGAUUUUGCUGAUAACCACCGCAAUAUUCCCAACCCUACAUAACUCCCCCACCGAUGCAAUCGUAGAGACCAGUUGCUCAUUUUUCUGAUGGAAAUUGUACAUUGGAGGCUAUUAGAAAGCUCGGUUUUGAAACCAGCAGCUUGGGUUCACUGGUCUUUAACAGUUGAUUCAACUUCCAAUUUUUGCUCAAUUUUGAACUGUACAGUGGCAUUUCACUUCUAUUGGAAUUUGAACAUCAGUGAGAAGUCAUUCAGUGCUUGUACAUAAUCUUUUUGGAUUAUCCUGUAAAGCUUAGUUGAUGAUGACGACAACUGCAAUGCCAACAAGAGCCAGCUUCCGGUGUAUCUGACAGGCUACUGGAGCUGUAGGGCUCAUGACAAUGAGGGGCUCAACAAGGCCUACGUGUAUUUGCAAAUGAAAAUAUUCAUAAAUUUUGGAAAUUUCCAUUAAUUUAGAAUUAGUCAAUUAAUUCCAGUGUUGCCCUGC